ACAAAAUCCAGAUGACCGCUGAUUAAAUGAUAACAAAAUAACAGAAUCGCCUAAUUGACGAUUAAUGGAAGCAAUGGGGGACCAACUAAUACUGGCCACCGGUGGAUACGAUCACACAAUCAAGGUUUGGCAAGCCCAUACCGGCAACUGCAUCAAGACAAUGCGCUUUGUGGAGACUUCACAAGUAAAUGCCUUGGACCGUACGCCAGACAAAACGCGCCUAGCGGCCUGUGGCUAUCAGUGCAUCCGUCUGUACGACUUGGAAUCGAACUGCACCGCUCCGGUGAUAAACUUUGAUGGAGUUCAGAAGAACGUGACACGCCUUGGCUUCCAGGAAGACGGUAACUGGAUGUUCACCGCCGGCGAGGACCAUCAUGUGCGCAUUUGGGACAUGAUCUCGGCCCCGCCCCACUGCUCGCGGGUGUUCGACUGCGAGUCCCCAGUGAAUGCCGCCUGUUUGCACCCCAACCAGGUGGAGAUCGGCAUGGGCUCCCAGAACGGCAACGUCUUCCUGUGGGAUGUCAAGUCAGAAAAGCACGAAUGCAUCGUGCCCGAGGUGGAUGCCUCAAUCCAGGACGUGGCCAUCUCGCCCGACGGACACUAUCUAGCGGCGGCCAACAACAAGGGCAACUGCUACAUCUGGUCGCUGUGCAGCAGCCCCGACCAAAAGAUGAGCACUAUGCGGCCCACAAAGAAGAUCCAGGCACAUACCCGGUACAUCUUGCGCUGCAAGUUUAGCCCUGACUCGCGCCUACUGCUGACCACCUCCGGCGAUGGGACGGCGUGCCUCUGGAAGACCUCAGACUUCAGCAAGUGGCGCGAGCUUUGCAUUGAGAACUACUGGGUGUGGGAUGCCGCCUUCAGUGCAGACUCAAAGUGGCUCUUCACCGCCUCCUCAGACGGAGUGGCUCGUCUGUGGAAGCUGGAAACAAAGACUCCCACGCGGGAAUACACCGGCCAUACUAAGGCCAUCACUGCCCUGUCCUUCAAGGAUGAGAUUAUAAGAAAGGUUAAUCAUUAGCUGAUAACAUCAUUAAUCUAGAUCGUAAGCUUUCUGUGACUGUGUCACAGUUAUGAAGCCUUCCGUUUUGAUUGUCUCCCCGCGAAGAACAAUGUACAUCUCUGUUGUGGUCCUGUUUGGGAAUAUUGGUACUCUCUCCUUAAAUAUUCAUACAGUUUAUUGCAUUUAGUAUAUGGUUAACGAUAAUCUGGAGGAUCUUUAUCCAGUCUUUCUUUGGUGUUCAGGUCCUCUUGCUCAAUCUGGGGUUUAGUUUUUAAGACACAAAA